AUGUACCUUCCACCGCUCACACUAUCUACCCGGUACUUACCACCCACACACUACUCUAACCCUGGUACUUACCAACCCUCCCUACACUACUACUGUACUUACACCCUGAAAUUAAACCCCUGGUACCUUACCACCCUCACACACACUACUCUACCCCUGGUACCUUACCACCCUCACACUACUCUACCCCUGGUACCUUACCACCCUCACACUACACUACUCUACCCCUGGUACCUUACCACCCUCACACUACACUACCCCCUGGUUCCUUACCACCCUCACACUACUCUACCCCUGGUACCUUACCACCCUCACACUACUACCCUGGUACCUUACCACCUACAUACUCUACCCUGGUACCUUACCACCCUCACACUACUCUACCCCUGGUACCUUACCACCCUCACACUACACCUGUCUUACACCUCACCUACUCUACCCCUGGUACCUUACCACCCUCACACUACACUAACCCCUGGUACCUACCACCCUCACACUCACUUACCCCUGGUACCUUACCACCCUCACACUACACUACCCCUGGUUACCUUACCACCCUCACACACACUACUCUACCCCUGGUACCUUACCACCCUCACACUACUCUACCCCUGGUACCUUACCACCCUCACACUACUCUACCCCUGGUACCUUACCACCCCUCCACACUACUCUACCCUGGUACCUUACCACCCUCACACUACUCUACCCCUGGUACCUUACCACCCUCACACAUACUCUACCCCUGGUACCUUACCACCCUCACACUACUCUACCCCUGGUUCCUAACCACCCUCACACUACUCCUACCCCUGGUACCUUACCACACCUCACACUACUCUAACCCCUGGUACCUUACCACCCUCACACUACUCUACCCCUGGUACCAUUACCACCCUCACACUACUCUACCCCUGGUCCUUACCACCCUCACACACUACCUUACUCUACCCCGUACCUAUACAUUCACCCUCACACUAACUCUACCCCUGGUACCUUAACCACCUCUCACACUACCUUACCCCCUAACUACUUACCUGGUACCUUACCACCCUCACACUACUCUACCCCUGGUACCUUACCACCUCACACUACUCUACCCCUGGUACCUUACCACCCUCACACUACUCUACCCCUGGUACCUUACCACCCUCACACUACUCUACCCCUGGUACCUUACCACCCUCACACUACUCUACCCCUGGUACCUUACCACCCUCACACUACCUCUACCCCUGGUACCUUACCACCCUCACACUACUCUACCCCUGGUACCUUACCACCCUCACACUACACUACUCUACCCCUGGUACCUUACCACCCUCACACUACUCUACCCCUGGUACCUUACCACCCUCACACUACUCUACCCUGGUACCUUACCACACCUGUACACUACCCCCCUCUGGUACCUUACCACCCUCACACUACCUACCCUGGUACCUUACCACCCUCACACUACUCUACCCCUGGUACCUUACCACCCUCACACUAAUACUCUACCCCUGGUACCUUACCACCCUCACACUACCUACUACCCCUGGUACCUUACACCCUCACACUACUCUACCCUGGUACCUUACCACCCUCACACUACUCUACCCCUGGUACCUUACCACCCUCACACUACUCUACCCCUGGUACCUUACCACCCUCACACUACUCUACCCCUGGUACCUUACCACCCUCACACUACUCUACCCCUGGUACCUUACCACCCUCACACUACUCUACCCCUGGUACCUUACCACCACCCUCACACUACUCUACCCCUGGUACCUUACCACCCUCACACUACUCUACCCCUGGUACCUACCACCCUCACACUACUCUACCCCUGGUACCUUACCACCCUCACACUACUCUACCCCUGGUACCUUACCACCCUCACACCACACUACUCUACCCCUGGUACCUUACCACCCUCACACUACUACUACCCUACCCUGUACCUUACCACCCUCACACUACUCUACCCCUGGUACCUUACCACCCUCACACUACUCUACCCCUGGUACCUUACCACCCUCACACUACUCUACCCCUGGUACCUUACCACCCUCACACCACACUACUCUACCCCUGGUACCUUACCACCCUCACACUACUCUACCCCUGGUACCUUACCACCCUCACACUACUCUACCCCUGGUACCUUACCACCCUCACACUACUCUACCCCUGGUACCUUACCACCCUCACACUACUCUACCCCUGGUACCUUACCACCCUCACACUACUACUUACCCCUGGUACCUUACCACCCUCACACACUACUACUCUACCACCUGGUACCUUACCACCCUCAACCACAUACUCUACCCUGGUACCUUACCACCCUCACACUACUACCCUGGUACCUUACCACCCUACACUACUCUACCCCUGGUACCUUACCACCCUCACACACUACUCUACCCCUGGUACCUUACCACCCUCCACACUACUACUCUACCCCUGGUACCUUACCACCCUCACACACUACUCUACCCCUGGUACCUUACCACCCUCACACUACUCUACCCCUGGUACCUUACCACCCUACACACUACUCUACCCUGGUACCUUACCACCCUCACACUACACUACUCUACCCCUGGUACCUUACCACCCUCACACUACUCUACCCCUGGUACCUUACCACCCUCACACUACACUACUCUACCCCUGGUACCUUACCACCCUCACACUACACUACUCUACCCCUGGUACCUUACCACCCUCACACUACUCUACCCUGGUACCUUACCACCCUCACACUACUACUACCCCUGGUACCUACCACCCUCACACUAUCUACUCACCUGGUACCUUACCACCCUACCACUCUCUACCCCUGGACCUUACCACACCUCACACUACUCUACCCUGGUACCUUACCACCCUCACACACUACUCUACCCCCUGGUACCUUACCACCCUCACACUACAUCUACCCUGGUACCUUACCACCUACACUACUCACCCCUGGUACCUUACCACCACCUCACUACUACUCUACCCCUGGUACCUUACCACGACCUGCACACUCACUUACUCUACCCCUGGUACAUUACCACCCUCACAUCUCUACACCUGGUACCCUUACCACCCUCAACCUCUCUACCACGUGGUACCUUAGACACCCACAUACUAGACUACCCUGGUACUACCAGAGACCUGGAAGAUUGAGAUAAAGCUGGAGGAGACACACCUUCAGAACUGAAUGCAUCAGGACAAGAGAGGCGUCACUCCUCAUGCCUCACCAGGCUGAGUCCCUGAGAACACCGCCCUAGACUGCUGUGGCGGAUCAGAGACAGAGAGAGGAACAGAGGAGCUGGAGCUGAGACACACCGCCCUAGACUGCUGUGGCGGAUCAGAGACAGAGAGAGAGCAGUUUCACGACUCCUUGGACACCAGAGACCAGGGGGGAGACCAGGGGGGAGACCAGGGGAGACACCAGGGGUGUGUGAAUGAAAACAAGGUAGAGGUGGGGAGUGACGAGGGUAAGGGUCCCUCUCUCAUUCCUCAGACCUCAGGGAGCCCCCUGGACAAUGGCUCUAAGGAGAACUGGGGGUCUCUCACUCCAAACACGCUCAGAGAUCACCACAGAGCCGAGAGGGAGGAGGGGGGAGAGGAGGAGUGGAGGAGGGGGGAGGCUGAGGCUGUAACAGAUUGGAGGAGUGACUGUGAUAGCUGUGACCGAGCACAGAGCCGGCCUGAGGAGGAGAAAGGAGCCCCACUAUCCUGUGGAACAGAGCUGGAGGAAACUGAUAGAGAGGGGAGCACAAUCAGUGUUACACAGGGGUCCACACAGGGGACAGAACAACAGAACCAGGAAGGAGAGGAGGAGGAACAACAGAACCAGGAAGGAGAGGAGGAGGAACAACAGAACGAGGAAGGAGAAGAGGAGGAACAACAGAACCAGGAAGGAGAAGAGGAGGAACAACAGAACCAGGAAGGAGAGGAGGAGGAACAACAGAACCAGGAAGGAGAGGAGGAGGAACAACAGAACCAGGAAGGAGAAGAGGAGGAACAACAGAACCAGGAAGGAGAGGAGGAGGAACAACAGAACCAGGAAGGAGAGGAGGAGGAACAACAGAACCAGGAAGGAGAAGAGGAGGAUCAACAGAACCAGGAAGGAGAGGAGGAGGAACAACAGAACCAGGAAGGAGAAGAGGAGGAACAACAGAACCAGGAAGGAGAAGAGGAGGAACAACAGAACCAGGAAGGAGAAGAGGAGGAACAACAGAACCAGGAAGGAGAGGAGAAGAGCACAGUUGGAAGGGAGGAGGAGGAGGAGGAACACGAAGGACACAGAGAUCCAUCUGUCCUCAGUGGAGACACAGCAACAACAGAAGACAUGGGACACACUCAGUCCCUGGAAGACUUGGCUAACUCAGAUCCCUCAGACACGGACCUGAAGGAGUGUCUCCAGGAAGGUAAGAGCCAUGUGGAGAGGGACGCAGACAGCUGUCAGGAGGGCUGUCACACCCUUCACCCAGAGGACCAACCCACAGACAGUGAAUGGUUAACCACAACAGACUCUAUCCCCACCACUAAGGGUCUGUCAGACUCUGACCCCUCUCCCCUGUCAGACCCUUCUAUCCUGGACAAUGGACAGGAUAUACAGCAGGGUCCAGCUGACUCUGGGAGAUCAUGUCCUACCAUAGAGAUAGAGGGCCUCAGUGAGGGUGAACCUCCAUUGGAACAAAGGAAGAAAACAGCUUCUGCUAGGGCUGGGGAGGGCUCUGGUGGCUCCACAGAAGAAGAGUUUCACCCCUCUGAGCCGGGCAGCCAUGGGACUCAGGGAAACUGGACUCCAUUCUGGGGACUGUGA